UGGAAACAUCGCACCACUUGUCGCAUUCGCUCUUCCUACACGAGGUACAAGUUGCACCUUCCCUCUGCAUCUGAACUUUCCUGCAUCGACAUCUGUCACAUCUUUUCACCUUUCCUUGCUGCCAUCUCUUCCCAAGCCAUCGUUUUCCGCGUGAUACGCCAUUCGAGUCCUCUCUCCUCCCACCGAUCUGCUGGUCGGCACUACACGUCCUUGUAAUCCCCUUCACUAAAGCACUCGACGUCAAACUCAGCAGUCAUGCCCAACAGAGGUGUCACAAUUGGCGGCUUGGCCGUUGCAGGUGGUGUCGGCUACUACCUAUAUUCCGCCGGUGGUGAUCCAAAGGUUGCUGAGAAGAAGUUCGAAGGUACAUCCCUCCCAACCCAUGGCCUGGUCUGUCGGAUUGACUUACCCUCCUCGACUCUCAGCCGACGCCUCCAAACUAUCCGCACAGAUCAAGAGUGAACUCCCAGGUCGAGAGAAGCAGGCCGAGAAAAAGGGCGAGGCUCUAGCACAGCAAGUAGGCCAGAAGUUUGAUCAGGCCUCUGCAGAUGCGAGAUCCAAGUUAGCCGAUGCGGAAGCCAAAGCCAAAGAGUAUCGAGAAAAGACUGGCAAGGAGCUCAACAACGCCAUCGACAAGUUUGACAAGACGGUCGAGGACGGGGCUGCUAAAGCAAAGAGUGGAAUCAGCAGUUGGUUUGGUGGGAAAUAGUGAUCCGACCAGAUCCUCAGCUUGUGCACAGGAUAUGUUGCUGGCGUUGAGGGAUGCCUCUGACUUGUACAUCUUCCCCACAUACCCUUGUUUGGGCCUGAUACCUGAUGCUGGUCUGCACGCCGUUAGUCUACCAUUGUGGAUCUGUCAAAGUUGUCCAUGAUGCGAAUUUGAACAGCUCACAAUUCUGAUUAAUUUGCAAAUCAAACCAGAUCCAAGAUACAUAAUCAAGGACCCGUGCUACUUGGCAGUUAUUUCCAAAGGUCGAAGAAGACAUAAAGUGGUCUUGGAACAAAUCAAAAAUAGGCCUGUCUAGGCUCACAUCGUCAGAUGCCGGGUGCGAGCCUGAUUCCAUAAGCAUGGACGGAGGGUCAAGCCUGGGUUAUCACACCUAUUACAUUCUGGACCUCAUAUGGACUGAAUCGGGCUGGUUUUCUGGUUGACUCC